CUGUACGGCUGUUUGUGGACGCCACCAUCCAAACAUCACGGCUGGAGCUCUCACCUGAAAUUUGAUACCAUGGAUGCAGCAGAGUUUCGACGCAGAGGAAGGGAGAUGGUGGACUAUGUAGCCGACUAUCUGGAGAACAUAGAACAGCGCCCGGUCUACCCAGAUGUUGAACCAGGAUAUCUUCGCUCCCUGAUCCCCACUGAGGCCCCAUCAGAGCCUGAGAGCUAUGAGGAAAUUAUGAAAGAUGUGGAGAGGGUCAUAAUGCCAGGGAUCACCCAUUGGCAAAGCCCGUAUUUCUUUGCCUACUUUCCAGCUGCCUCUUCUUAUCCAGCCAUGUUAGCUGACAUGCUAUGUGCAGCUAUUGGAUGCAUUGGAUUCUCCUGGGCUGCUAGCCCAGCCUGCACAGAGCUGGAGACAGUGAUGUUAGAUUGGCUGGGAAAGAUGCUGCAGCUGCCUCAGCAUUUUAUAGCUGGGACUCAUGGCCACGGAGGAGGCGUCAUCCAGGGUACAGCGAGUGAGGCCACCCUGAUGUCCCUGCUAGCUGCUCGCUGUAAAGCAGUCCGACAAGUCCAGGCAUCACACCCGGACAAAUCUGAGGGAGCUAUCCUCUCUGAGCUGGUGGCGUACACCUCUGAUCAGGCUCAUUCCUCAGUGGAGCGUGCGGCUCUCAUCGGAGGAGUGACGAUGAGGAAGGUUCCAACUGACAGCAACUACGCUGUUGUAGGAGACGCCCUUAAAAAGAUGGUGGAUGAAGACAAAGCUGCCGGACUCAUCCCUUUUUAUUUCUGUGCGACUCUCGGCACCACCCCAUCGUGUGCUUUUGAUCACAUCACCGAGCUGGGGCCUCUAUGUAAUAAGGAAAACAUGUGGCUGCACAUUGAUGCAGCGUACGCUGGGAGUGCGUUUAUCUGUCCAGAGUUCAGGCCUUUGUUGAACGGCGUUGAGUUUGCAGAUUCUUUCAACUUUAAUCCGCACAAAUGGCUUUUAAUCAACUUUGACUGCUCUGCAUUGUGGGUGAGGAAGAGAGCAGACAUCAUCGGGGCCUUCAAGAUCGAACCACUCUACCUGAAACAUGAAAACCAGGAGUCAGGUCUGGUCACAGACUAUAGGCAUUGGCAGAUUCCACUUGGAAGAAGAUUUCGCUCACUAAAGAUGUGGUUUGUCUUCCGUCUUUACGGGCUAACAGGCAUGCAGGCUCAUAUACGCAAGCAAGUAGCCCUGGCCAAGGAGUUUGAGAGUCUAGUCCGAGCAGACAACAGGUUCGAGAUCUGUGCUGAGGUCAUCAUGGGGCUGGUCUGCUUCAGGCUCAAGGGCGCCAACGAGCUGAAUCAGAACUUGCUGAAAAGGAUCACUAAAAACAGAGAGAUCCACCUCGUGCCUUGCCAGCUUUCCGGCAGCUUUGUGCUGCGCUUCGCCAUCUGCGCACGCACAACGGAGUCACGCCACAUCCAGCAAGCAUGGCGGCACAUCACGCAGCUAACCUUUGAGCUUCUGCAGGAACCUAACCACUGACCAAAAAGCUGAAUAAGAGGAUGUUUACUUUGAUGCCGAAAUGAUGACCAAAGUUAGAAGUAAGAUUUAUGGUUACCGAUGUUAAAUGUCUUAAAGGGAUUGAACAAUGAUUUCACAGCUCACAGGUGUCUCUAAGUUUGCAGUCUUUGAUUUUGAAAAUGGAUGUUGCUGAAAAUAAUUUACAACAUAUCAAUAAAUACCCAAAUGAGAAUAAGAAGAAAUAUUGUGGAUUCCAAAUAUUACAUUUUCACUCUCUACAUGAUGUCUCUAUGUCUAAUGUUAUUUGCAGAUUAGUCUUUCUGUUUAUGCUGCUUCUUUGUUUUCUAUGUCUUUUAAUUUUGUUUGGGGUUGGCCAGUACUUAGAAAUAAUUGUUUUUUUUAUUUCUGCAAUGAAUGUUUUGCACAUUGUGUGUGUAAUAAUUUUUGAGCCUAUGUGUGGCUUUUUUUUACUGUGGAUAUGUUUAGUAACCUGGUUGCAUUGAAGGAAGUGAAAUGACUGAUGAUUUUAUCUCAGUAUAUAUGACAAUAAAAUGUUCAUUCCACAGAUGGCUUUGUAUAAUUAGUAAAGUUAAAGAACACUGUUUUAGUAAUCAGUAUAAAGCCCCUGUACAAAUGCGUUAAAAUAUGUAUGACCUGAUUAGUAAAAGUAUUCCAUUCAGUUUAUAAUGGCAGCCAAAACUCUACAUUCUCAGUAUAAUUCUAAUAAUAGAGAAUAAGAUAACAGUAUGUAUUUAUAACACAGUUUAUCACAUAAAUGUGUAUAACUUUAUUUUUCUGUAUCAUGACAAAAAAAUAAGAACAACCUGGAGUUUAACAAAAGGAGUAGACAUAAGAUGUGCAAAUGAUCAGUGCAUUUAACAUAACAUUGUCAAUUCAGUGCCUCUGAUGUUAAACAGUCUGUGUGAACAUACAGUCUGGUUUCCUUCUCAGUUGCCACAUUUAGCUCUUAUCAUAGAAAAUGUUAAUUCAAAGUCACAAUUCGUAACACAGAUUUCAAUGAUGAACAAAUGUAAUUAUAACAGCCUCCCUUUGAUGGUUGUCCACAUCCAUCAAAUUUACUUUUGGUGUUUGUGAUCCCUUCUUUUGUGCACCAGGACUUGUAACUCUGCACUGUGACAUCUCCAAACCUCAUUGUAAGCUCUUCUGAUUGUGUCAAAGUCUGCCGCUGUAAUGAAUCAAGGUGUUUUGCUUGACUGUGUUCUGCAUGCAAUGGUAAAGGUUUAUUUUAAUAAAGUGUGAUGUUUACAUGUAGCAUA